UUAAAAAGAUCAUAAAAAACAUUCACAUUUUCAUAAAUGACACAUAGUUAAUGAAACUUUUAAAUGGAGGAAUGCAACAACAACAAUAAAGGAGAAGUUCAGCCUUCAUCAAGAUCAAUUCCACAACAACAAUAUUAUUCUAGUUUCAUACCAAGAAGAGAAAACAAAGGUAGUAUUAAUGCUUCAUCAUCAUUGUUUUCUUGGUUUGGAAACAACCGGUUAGUUUUAUGGCUACUUUUGAUUACCCUUUGGGCUUAUCUUGUUUUUUUUGUUCAAUCAAAGUGGGAUCAUUAUGAUAAAGAACAAGAAAUUUCUUCAAGGUUUGAUUUUCAUCACAACAAUCAUGAUUUGGUUGUAAAAAAUAGUUCUUUAUUUGUUGAUACAAAAAUUGAUGGAGUAUUGUCCAAGAAACAAGAAAAUGGUUCAAAGAAAAGGAGUAGAAGGUCUUUGAGAAGCAAACACAAGAGAAAAAUCAAAGUUGAAAACUUUGCUAUAGAAAAAAAUGAGAUAGAAUUUGAAAUUCCUCUUGUUGGUCCAUUUGGGUCAAUAGAAGACAAAAUUUUGAAAUUGGGUAGUAAUGAAAAUAUUUGUGGAGUGUGCAACAAGAAAGGUGAAUUUGCAAAAGUUGUUAAGUCAAAGAGCUUUGUGUUGAUAUUUCACGAGCUUUCUAUGACUGGAGCACCACUUUCAAUGAUGGAAUUGGCAAGUGAACUUUUGAGAUGUGGUGCAAAUGUUUCAGCUGUUGUUCUUAGUAAAAAAGGUGGUUUGAUGGAAGAGCUUAUUAGGAGAGAAAUUAAGGUGGUUGAUGAUAAAGUUGAUCAUAGUUUCAAAAGUGGAAUGAUUGCUGAUCUUGUCAUUGCUGGAUCAGCUGUUUGUGCUUCAUGGAUUGAACAAUACAUUGAACAUUUUCCAUCUGGUGCAAGUCAAGUAAUUUGGUGGAUUAUGGAAAAUCGAAGAGAGUACUUCGAUAGAUCGAAACACGUCUUGAACAGAGUGAAGAUGCUGGUUUUUCUUUCCGAAUCGCAAUCGAAGCAAUGGCGAAAAUGGUGUGAAGAAGAAAGCAUAAGACUUAUAUUCCACCCUGCAAUUGUUCCAUUGUCUGUCAAUGAUGAACUUGCUUUUGCAGCUGGAAUGGAUGUAAAAAGAAAGGUUUUGCGCGAAUCGAUUCGAAGAGAAAUCGGGUUGAAUGAUAAUGAUAUGCUUGUGAUUUCACUAAGUAGCAUUAAUCCUGCUAAGGGUCAGUUAUUGUUUCUUGAAUCAGCAAGUUCAUUAGUAGAAAAUGAAACAUUUCCAAAAGAUGAGAAAAUGAAAAAAUCAUUAGAAGAUGGAAAAAAUGAACAUGUUUCUACUUUGAUUAGAAGACAUCAUAUUAGAAAAUUGUUGCCAAUGUUGAAGGAUGGAAGUGUGGAUUUCAACAAUGUCUCAAGCAAUUCUAUAAGCAGUAACAGAAAGAAAGUGUUGUUAACCAACAACAAUGGAAAAAUGAAACAAUCUCUCAAAAUUCUCAUUGGUUCUGUGAGAUCUAAGAGUAACAAGGUGGAAUAUGUUAAAAGUCUUGUAAGUUUCUUGUCACAACAUUCAAACUUGUCAAAGUCUGUUUUGUGGACUCCAGCUACAACACAUGUUGCUUCAAUUUACUCUGCUGCUGAUGUUUAUGUCAUAAACUCUCAGGGAUUGGGAGAAACCUUUGGACGUGUGACAAUAGAAGCAAUGGCAUUUGGUCUUCCGGUGCUUGGAACAAAUGCUGGAGGAACAAAGGAAAUUGUGGAACAUAAUGUGACUGGUCUUCUUCAUCCUAUUGGACGUGGAGGGAAUCAUGUCCUUGCACAAAAUCUUCGGUUUUUACUUGAAAACCAAUUGGCAAGAGAGAAAAUGGGGAUGAAUGGAAGAAACAAAGUGCAAAGAAUGUACUUGAAGCAACACAUGUAUACUAAAUUUGUAGAUGUUCUUGUUAGGUGCAUGACAAGCAAAUAACUACUUCUCACUUCUAGUUGUUACUAGCCAAUUUUUUUAGAUGUUCUUGUGGUUACUUCUAGUCAAAUAUUAUAUGUAAAAGUCGAACUUAGGAGAAUCACAUCGACUCCGUUAAUAAUUACAUAAUUCUUUGAAUUUCUUUAUGUUGA